ACCGCCACUUGUUUUCCACUGAAAAUGGCAAAUUCUUCCCCAGGCCCUCCUCAUAGUGGCUUCUACGUACCACAGAGGUCGUGAACCUCCGGAUGCUCUGUCCCAGCAUAGCGCUGUUGGGAGGCCUGCGAAAGGCGCAGAGAACGGAAAACGGAGGAAAUGGCGGUUCCACAGCAAGUCCUCCUUUUUUCACGACCUCCUCCCAGAAAAGGUAUAGUUUGGCAGUGGGUCCUCCCAAAAAAGACCCCAAAGUGAAGGGUGUCCAAUCUGCAGCUGUACAAGCUUUUCUCAGAAGAAAAGAAGAGGAGCUCAGACGAAAAGCCUUAGAGGAGAAAAAGAGAAAAGAACAACUAGUGAAAAAGCGAAUUGAGCUAAAACAUGACAAGAAAGCAAGAGCCAUGGCCAAGAGGACAAAGGAUAAUUUCCAUGGUUACGAUGGGAUUCCCCUUGAGGAAAAAGCGAAGAAGAGACAGGCAAUGGAAAGCCACACUAGUCAGGGAACAGACCAAGAGUAUGAGAUGGAAGAAGAGGAUGAAUUCUUAGAGUACAAUCAAGCUGCAUCAGAGGAGGAGUAUGAGGAAGAGCAAGAACCUCCCAAAGUUGAAAGCAAACCAAAGGUCCCCCUUAAAAGUGCCCCACCAGUCAUGAACUUCACUGAUCUACUCAGGCUGGCUGAGAAAAAGCAGUAUGAACCAGUGGAAAUCAAGGUAGUGAAAAAAACAGAGGAGCGGCCUAUGACCGCUGAAGAACUUAGGGAGCGAGAAUUUCUUGAACGAAAGCAGAGGAAGAAGAAACCUGAGACAGAUGCAAGACUACUUCCAACCAAAAAGGUACCCUCUCAGAAAGGAAGUGUGGGCACAAAACUUAGCAAAGUUUCUGGGGACAAGCAUCCUUCUUCCAAAGGUACUCCCCUUCCUCAUGCUGAGAAGAAAUCCAGACCCAGCAUAGCUAAUGAGAAACACUUAGGCUUGUUUUCAUCGAAAUCCAUGCCAGGAGAGAGGACCAAAAUGGGAUCUGGCAAUUGCUCCCAACCCUCGCUUCGUGAGGGCCACGACAGACCUGUUUUCAAUGGGGCUGGAAAGACUCACUCGAGCACCUAUUCACCAGGUGUCCUAAAGACUUCUGCUAAAGGGACUCAGAAACCUGUUACUGAGCACAAAGCCAAAAAACCUCCACAUCCUGGCCAUCCCAGGCCUGGGUCCAUGGUCACCCCACAGAAUAAGGCCAAGAGUCCGGGUGUCAGGCAGCCAGGCAGCUCCUCCAGCUCAGCCCCUGGGCGGCCCAGCACAGGGACUGCUCAGCCUACAGUUAGUUCUGGCCCCGUGCCCAGGCGCCAGAAUGGCAGCUCCAGCUUAGGACCCGAGCGAUCAGUCAGUGGAAUGAAGAGGUCAGCCAGUGACUUAAAUCCUUCUGGACGGACAGUCAGCGGUACAAAUGGCCCUGGACGACCUGCUAGCAGCUCAAGUGGCCCUGGGCGACCCAUCAGUGGCUCAAGUGGUUCUGGGAGAUUGGUGGGCAGCUCUGGUGGCCCUGAGCGGCCUGUGAACAGUCCACAUGACUUUCGACGACCAGUGAGUGGCUCAGGACCCCCUGGGCGGCCAGUCAGUGGCCCUGGGCGACCAGUCAGUGGCCCUGGACGAUCAGUAAGUGGCUCAGUUCCAGCUGGACGAACUGUCAGUAGUUCAGGCCCUGGAAGACCAGUGAGCAGCUUGGGACCUGGGAGAACAGGUAGUAGCUCAGGUACUUCCUUGAAGCCCAAGUGCACUGUCGUCUCAGAAACCAUUUCUUCCAAGAAUAUCAUUAGCCGGCCCAACAAUGGACAGAUGAAUGGAAUGAAGCCUCCCUUAUCCGGCUACAGAUCUGCCCAAGGUCCUCAAAGGCUUCCCUUCCCUAGUGGUUACAAAAGGCAACGAGAAUAUGAAGAGGAGGAGGAUGAAGAAUAUGACUCUGAAAUGGAAGAUUUUAUCGAAGAUGAAGGAGAACCUCAGGAAGAAAUAUCCAAGCACAUUCGAGAAAUCUUUGGCUAUGACCGAAAAAAAUACACAGAUGAAAGUGAUUAUGCCUUACGUUACAUGGAGAGUAGUUGGAAAGAGCAGCAGAAGGAAGAAGCAAAGAGUUUAAGACUCGGUAUGCAAGAGGACUUAGAGGAAUUGAGACGUGAAGAAGACGAAAUGAAACGCCGAAAGACCAAGAAACUGAAGAGGCAUUAGCUGCUGCUUUUAUUUAUUUUUGUGAAGUUCUGGAGACACCCUGCUGCAAGGAAGUCCUGCCUUCGGGCGGAAGAAGCCCCCUUAUCAUUUUAGAUUUAUAUUUGGGUCCUCAAGGAGAAGGAAUGCAUACUGUAUAUUUUGAGCAUCAAGUGGUUUCAAAUACUUUCCAGGGUGAAAUCUGUAAUGCAGAUAAUGUAAUGCCCAGUGAGUGCACUUCUGACCUUAACUGGUCAAGCUGCCACUCUUGGCCCUGAUGAGCUAUGCUCACUCUCUAAUGUGGGACUGCUCACCAGCAGCUGGUCUUCUCUUGUCCCUUUGCUAUUUUACAAAGGAAAAAAAAAGAUUGCCUCUUGACUUUCACAGUUCUGCUGAUGCCUGAAUAGGGAAAUGGCCAGCUCCCAGUCAAACUUAAAAGUUCUGUCUUUUUAGGAGAAAUCUGGCCCUUCCAUGAAUGUUGUCAGCAAUAAAGUGACCUGUUCUAAUCUAUAUGUUUGGAUUGGGAACUUUGAAAAUGUAGAGUAGGCUUUAUAAUUAUAAUAUGGAUGUCAUCUCUGUGACUUUGAAGUAAAAAGUAGAAUAAAUUAUAUGGUAUUCUGCAUUAUUCAUGGAUUGGAUGCUGAGCAUUCUUAUUCACUAAUUUAGGUGAUUAGGCAGUUAACAAAAAAUUUUCCAAGUCAAUAUACAAGUUAUGCCAUUUAGUGUAAGAAUAUUCUUUUCCAAGUUUUCAGAUUUAUGGUAAAAUAGACGUUACUGUGCUGAUUUUUACCUAAAAAUUCAUUUUUAUAUUGAAGAAAAAUACUUAUUUUAUUCAAACAUUAGAGUUGGAAGAGUAAUAGUUUAAAAAAUAAGCAAGUGACAUGUGAGGUUCCCCUCCUCCCCACUCCCCUCUCCCAUUAUAGAGAUAUUUUGGAAUCCAAGGUGCCCUUGUACUUCUUGAUGUUAAUGACUUUGCAUUUUUAUCUUAAAAUUCCUUAGCAAUUAAUGGCAGAAACCAAAAACUAAAUUCAUGUGUAUCAAGAGCACCACCUUCUCUUUUUGCCCACAUUGCACUUUUAUUUCAAACUAUGCACUAUGAUGAGUUUUUUUCCCAGGUAGAAAAGGAUGUUCCAUGUAACUGGGGUUUUACUGGUCCGUGGAACUUUCUUCAUUCUUACCUUUCUUGGAGUCAUGCCUAUAGACUUGCUAUCUCCUAAGCCUCAAGUCCAAACAGUUCCAAUCAGGCUGACCUAAGUUCUGGCUGGAGAAAAGCCAAGUUUCAAGGAAAGUCAGCAACAGAAAAAUGAUACGAUGCUAGAGAGCAUUUGCCAUCGAUUCUAAAUGUGGAGGGUUGGGGACAGUGGACAUGAGCUUGUAGAACAGUCUACAGUAAACACUGGCUGCCUUCAGCCAUGGAUGAUGGGUAUUAGGAAGUAGGAGAGGUGGUCUUACAAAGAAUCCUUACUCUUAAAAGGUCCAAAAUUUUUGUGUAUUUUUUAUUUAUAAAGCUUUAUUCAAGUUUCGGUAGCAUAGAUUACCUUUAUUAGCCUCCCUUAAUGGGAUGACCAUAUGACCCAGUCCCUUAAAACUCUGACUCAUUUUGAAUUGAAUUUCAAAGUUGGAAAGUGCAAGGAUUUAAUUUUGAAGUUGUAGCCUAUGGUGUCUUUGUUACUAGGAAUAAUGCCCUUUCUAAUGCAGCACAUAGAACUGUUACGCUGGUGGCAGAAAAUCCUAUUAACUGUCUCACCCAUCUCAAAUACCUUCAGUGAAAUUGGCUUAAGGGUAGUGUGAUGUUCUAUGGAAUAAAAUAGGUUUGGAACAUUUCCUUUGCUGUCACUUAUGUGCUUUAUCCUCCCCUUCAAAAGUUUUUCUUCUUGGAUAUAGUGUUUUCAAUAUUCACACUCGUUGAAAUCUGUAAUUACAAUCAAGUGCUCAUCACAGCUGAAAAGAUUUUUCGUGGCUUAAAGUUUACUAGCACUUUACUCAAUGAUAUUGUGCAGUUAUUUGUACAGAAAGGCACCACUGUGUGAAAGAAAAGUUAUAGAACUCAGAAGUCAGAUUGUGUCCUUCUGUGUCUAUCACUUCUGUUUCUUCUAUAAUAUAGAUGCUGAUUUUAGUAUUCAGCAUCAACAUUAUAAAAGGGCACUCAUUCUUUUUUUCAAAAAAAGGUUCUAAGUCUUUUAAUCUUGGCCUUGUUUCCAAAUCCUGUCUUCCAUUUUGUUCCGCAGUCCCUGACCACUUACAAAAAGCUCACAAACCUUUGAAGAAACUGGAAUAGGCUGUUGUUUUAUCAAGGUUUACAAAUUAAGUGCUUGAUUUUUAAUGUGUCCUCUAUUGUUUGGAUUUUCAGAUUUUAUUAAUUCAAUAUUUGAAGACGUGCCUUUUAUUAGGUAAUGUUAAUUCACGAAUGUAGUAAUGUUAUUUCACGAUUGUAAUGUUACAUGAUCAUGGAUGUGGCAUUCUCAACAGAAGAUGUGAAAGGAAAGUAGUUUUCAUAAAACUCAUAUGGCUCUGAUUGCACAGUCCCACUUGCUUUUGAUGUUAUAUCAAAGCAAGGGGCACUUGGUUUUAAGGCCACUUUCAGAACUUGUCUUUGUAUUUUCUCUAAACUAUAAAUGCAGUUCUGUCCCUUUGGAGGCCAGGGUAUCACAUGUCACAGACAGCCUUACAUGUGUGCCAUGAGAAGGUUCAAAGACUGUUCAAAAAGAAAGUCUGUGGGAACUUGAAAUUUCAUUUUUUAAAAUGUAAUCCCCAAGAUUUUCUCCAAGAAAUAAAUUACUGUUUUGUAUUUUAUAACUUAAAAGCAGCUAUUAGUACAUUUCUGAGAUAUAGCAGGAGACCAAAACAUGUUUGGAAAGAGAAUAAAUAUACGAAGAAAGACUGGUUGGUUUAUUUUCAAUGUGCUAAAUAUAUUAAUAUUAGACUAUUUAUUUUGUGAGUGGACGUGAUGAAAUAAAUAUUCAGGUGUUUAGUGUAUGAUUAAGAGUGGGAUAUAGGUUUCUUUGGAGUUAUUAAAUCCAUCAUGUCUUUUACUUAAUGGACAAAUCAAGUUAAAAAAAUAUUUACAUACAUUAGAUUGUUAAUCUGGUGCUGUUGACUUGCAAAAGAAACUACUUUUGCAUAUACAGGUGAAAGUUUUGCAAUUUAUGUAUAAAAAAUUGUAGGCAUUAAAAAUAUUUUAUUGAUAUUUUCA